UGACUUUCCCUCUGCAUCAUCACCAUUAUUGUGUUCUAUGGACAAAUUCUUAGAUUAAUAUUCAAACGUCUUUGUGGGGUUGGACUUGGUCUAGAAUAGUCUGCGUACUUUACUGAAAAACACAAAAACCCUCAAACAAAGGAACAGUUUAAUGUCACAAUUCAUUGAUUUCACACUGUGUAACCUUAUCUCUUGUCAACUCAGCUCAAAAAUCUAGGUAAGGUCAAAUCCUUACAGACCCUAAGAUCAAAGCAGUGAUUGGUGUAUCUAUAUAAAAUAACGAUCAGAAGUGCGGAAAGAAAGUUUAUUAUUUCGGAGAAGUUUUCUUCUUGAAGGAGUUUGGAUAUGGACGAAGGCGUGUCAGGCUUUCACAUUAAAGCAGAGGCUGCUCGAGCGGCAGCAGUCGGUGGUGGGAAUGGCAGUAUGGGAACCAAGUGCGGGCGUUGGAAUCCCACCUCGGAACAGGUUAAAGUUCUGAAUGAAUUGUUCAGCUCAGGACUCCGAACACCGAGCACAGAUCAAAUACAGAAGAUCUCCACUCAGCUCAGCUUUUAUGAAGACAAGUUUUCUUCUUCAAAACGAUUUAUAGAGGUUAAUAAUGAGAUUAGUGAUAAACCAGAAAGGGUUAUUGAAACUCUGCAACUUUUCCCUUUAAAUUCUAAUGGUGAGACAGAACAGGAGAGGCUGAGAUCGCAUCUACAUGCAAAUGAAUACAGGGAGACAGCUGCAACUUUCCCUUACUCGAUUGGGUCGGAGAUGAAUCAUCCACCAUUGGAUCUGUGUUUAAGCUUCAUGUGAAAAAUGGGAAAAAUGAAAGAAAGAAAGUCAUCUUUGUGUUGGGAAAUGAAAAUAUGGAACGAUAGAUCAAUCUUGAUGUUGUAGUUGAAAAAAUUUUACAUGGUCAUAUAUAGUUUUUCUAAGUUUCCUCUAAAAUAUUGGAAAUGCUUUCAACAUUCUCCUCUGUAUGCUCGUAGAAAUGUUUCAUAUCUUCUUUUGUAAUUUUAUCUGUCAAUUUGCAGGU